GCGAUCGUUCAGUCGUUCGCCUGCAUCUUACGGCCGUCCUCGUCCACUUCGACACAUCGCAUUUUAGACGCCCGAUGCAAACUAUGGACGACGAUUCGGAAGCCGUUUCGGAAUGGAAGAAGCUCAAGAAAACUCUGACUGUUAACAAGCCACUUAUUCCUCUCAAACUCACCAUGUUGCUUUAUUAUGGCGCCUCGUCUCUCUACCUUCCAUAUUUGACCCUGCAAAUGCAACAAGUCGGCCUCAAUAUCCAGGAAAUCGCCAUUAUCUAUUCAGUUUUACCUUUUGUCACAUGCAUUAUGCCGCCAUUAGCCGGCAUGUUGGCUGACAAGUUCAAUCGUUACAAACUGGUUUUAAUUCUUUCGGUGUCUUUGGCCAUCCUUUUCCACACCCUUUUACUUCACGUGGAUGCUCGAAUUUCUCCCGAAAAUUCCCCAGUGCGCAACAUCACGGAAAUCCCAGCUUUUGUCUACUGCGGUAGAACAGGCGCCGUGCUCCGGUUUGGGAACGAAAGUUGUUCAACAUCAACGACCGAAAAAUGGUUCGGGUACUGGACACCAUCCGAGUGCCAGCCAGUGGCAUGCACGGAUUAUCAGAACAUGCGAAUGCGUUUGUGUUCGCCCUUGGGCAAUUGUACGCAAAUAACGACCAAGUCGACAUCGAAGCUCGAAGUGGAACUGGUUCUCGAGACCGUGCUGACAGACACCAAGGACAUUUCUGGCGAAUGUACUGCUAGAAUUCUCGCCCUACAAACUGAUCAGACUCCACUUCCGUCGGCAUUGCUGUGCAACUGUCUCAUUCAGUGUCCUUUGACGUUAAUGACAUCGUCUGCAUUGAACCAAGAGCCUGCAGACGACGCGUUGUUGGAUGAAAUGAAAGAAAAUGAGCGUUUGAAACACAACCGUGGUUUUUGGAUGUACUUCGUUUUGCGGAUAUUGGCUUCCAGUUGCGUGGCCACAUCUUUCUCCAUGUUAGACGCCACGGCUAUCACGAUGGUAAAGAAAAACGACGGAGACCUUGGAAAACAACGGCUGUUUGGCGUCAUUGGACAAGCCGUUUUUGCCAUGGUCGCCGGGAUAUUACUCGAUUGGACAGUAGAAUUGCAAGGUGACCCCGACUAUUCAAUUCUGUUCUACAUCGCCGAUGGCCUUUGCGUUGUGGUGGUCCUGCUGGCGAGCAGGUUGGACGUUGACGUCGAACGGAUUGAAAGCGGGAAUUUAAUGUCCGGUGCAAAAAGACUCAUUCGAUUAAUCGACGUCGAUUUCUUCAUGUUGAUGAUGCUCCUUCUGGGCACCUGUUGGGGUUUUCUUGAAUCCUUCCUCUUCGUUUUCCUCAUGGAACUGAAAGCGAAUAGCUAUUUGUUAGGAAUGACAGUUACCUUGGGCUGCGUCAUUGGCGUUCCAUUCCUCUACAUAUCAGACAUGAUUGUUCGCAAAAUUGGCUCGGUGAACGUUUUCGUCAUCGCUUUCCUUAUCUACUGCAUUCGAUUUUUCGGCUAUUCGCUUAUAUGGGAUCCUUGGCUAUGUCUUCCGUUUGAAGCCCUGGAAGCCGUAACGGUCCAUAUGAUGGCAGUGGCCAGUUCCAUGUACUGCGUAGCGGCAGCACCUCCUGGACUAUUGGCGACACUCAACGGCGCUGUAGGCUCCAUUCAUUAUUCAUUCGGACGCGGACUUGGCAGUUUCAUCGGCGGAAUUCUGAUGGCCAACUACGGGACGCGGAACACAUUCCAAAUCUUUGGUACAGGUGCCGGAAUUUGUGGACUGACCUACUUCAUCUUACACCGCCUCUAUUUAGUUAAAAUAGAGAGGCUGAGACUGCGCAGGAAGUCGGAACGGAUUGCCGAGGUUAUUGCCAGCGGUGUCGAACCCGAGGACGAACCAGAGGAGGAAGAAUUUAUUAUUCCACCUGAUAAUCUUUUGGGCCGUCGCAAAAGUUGUUUCUAGUGGUUUCAAUGUCUUGUAAUUAGCAAGCCUAUCUGUUCUCCUUGUCAGCACCUGGUGUGCUGAUUUCAGAUCGUAGUCGACUUCCUUGAGUCAUUUCAGCUAUGCCUCGAUUCGUUGCCGUUAAUUUAGAACCUUGACACGCUCGUUGGCGACCUAGUCCCGGUGACUAGCGUUUUUUUUUUUUAAUGAAAAAAACAAAACAUUGUAAUCGCAGCAACAUAAAAAAUUAAUAGAAAUUUCUAUAGUAACACACAUUUGAACAAUUGCAUGAUUGAAAGUGAGUGGCAGCACUGACUUGAUGGCGCCUCUAUAAUCCAUUGUCUUACUACAUUUGAAUUGAAUCCACAUUCCUCGAUUCCAGCCAAACAAAAUUAACCGCAUAGGGUUAA